GGACCUUUUUUUUACUUUUGUAGUUUCUAGACGGAGCAUAAAACGUGACGAACAAACAUGGGUACCCGUAUAUUAAUUCAACGGAUUCUUCGGUGGACUGGAAGCAAUGCCACCAGCUCAACUUUCAGUCCUGGCUACUUCAAAAGAUACAACUUGUUGUUUAAAUGCACCGGGUGCAGAUUUUUAUCCUCCAACGACCAGACCGCUUCAGUCAACCAAACCAUUUCUCCCGCAAAACUCGAGUUGUCCGUCGGCUCACUGGUCGAUAUGGGAUUCACAGACGCACAGGCCAAGCAUUUGUACGACUCUGUGUCCGGUGUCAUGGGAGGAAAAGCUGCCAAACAAGUUUUACCAACACUCGCAGCUUUGUUCGUCCUGGGCCUCAACCCCAGCAGCGUGACGUGUGUUCUGGACAAGUGUCCUGAGCUUUACACUGUUAAAGAAGCACAGCUUCAGCAGCGCAUCGUCCACCUGCGGAAGCUAGGUCUGGUUGAAGGGAGUCUUCAGAGGGUGGUGGUCUACUGCCCAAAGAUCCUGACUGUUCCUGUGAAAUCGAUACAAAAUGCUGUGCAGUUUCUCAGAGACAAGUGUAUGUUUACCACCCAGCAGAUCACAGACAUCCUCAGAGAAAGUCCAGCUGUAGUUCUGGAGGAUCAAGAUCAGCUGGAGUACAAGUUUCAGUACGUCUACUUCAGAAUGGGCGUCAAACAGGAGGAGAUGUUGAAGUGCAAGCUGUUCCGUCACACUCUGGAGGACGUGCGGAACCGGCACACGUUCCUGGAGCGACGUGGCUUGUACCAAACCCCGGACAAGAAAGGACAAACUUCCAUCGUCAACCCCAAACUGAACAGCGUCCUUAACGUGGACCAGGACAAGUUCCUAAAAAGUGUCGCACGGGCGUCCGCGGAAGAGUUCGACGUUUUUCAGAGACUGCUGGCGAGAGAGUGGAGGGAGGAGCGGUUUAAACACAGUAUUGAAGCUCAUCACGAUGAUGAAGAUUGCAGUGAUGAUGAUUAUGAAGAGGAGGAGGAAGAAGAAGAGGAAGAGGAGGAGGAGUUUGAAAGAAAAAGUGGAUAUCAGAAAGGGAAAAAGAAACAUGGCUCUAAAAGAACAUAAUUAUAAUAUGCGCUAUUAGAGAAAAGAAAGUAUCCACAGCCUCAAUUCUGGUAAAAAAAAAAGAA